CAUUCACUCGUCCCCUUUUCUUGACUCCUCAGAUUGCUCUUUACUUUUUGAAAGUGGUCGUUAUUCGAUGCGUGUGGUUAUCGGCAGUUAGCAUACGCCUCAGAUCGUCCGCCCUAGGGCAUUAUACGUCAACAUGUCCAACCGCGCGAACAAGGCAUUCGAUACAAGCUUUCAAGGCGCAGGCUAUGGCUUCGAGAGCCACCCACAACAGCAGGUAGUGAUGCCGCCGACGUGGGUGCUCGUUUCGGCCUUGGGUUUCCUGCUGGUCGCACUCGGAUUCUGGGCUUUUAUUGCCCUUCAGAUGCUUGCGCCAGUCCCGCGCGAUCCACGCCGCUCUGAGAAACAGUAUACCACCAUUCUACCAAACGGCGAGCCUAGUCCGCCCAAGGAACUUCCCUGCUGGCACGACAAAUGGUCGGCGGAAAAGGAAGUCGCGAAGAAAAGGGCAGGUAAUGCGCCAGGCGCAAAGGUCAUUGUACCGCCGCAGAUGCCAAUUGAGGAUGCUGAGCUGUUCAUGAGCGUGGUAGUACCGGCAUACAACGAAGAGGACCGGUUGGAAGGCAUGUUGGAGGAAGCUGUGGAGUUUCUGCAAAGCGAAUACGGCGGGGCACACGACGGGGAGAAAGGCGCAGCGAAGGCCAAGGGUUGGGAGAUUCUGAUCGUGAGCGACGGAAGCACAGAUGGGACGGUCGAGAAAGCGUUGCAGUUUGCGAAGGAACACCAAUUGAGCCAGCACCCUGUAUCCGUUCCAGGACCUUGGUCGAAGAAUGGGGCAGGACAGACACCACACUCAACGCAUAUUCCACAUGGUAGCAUCCGUGUUAUCACUCUGGAGAAGAAUCGAGGCAAGGGUGGGGCCGUCACUCACGGCAUGCGACACGUCCGAGGACAGUACGUGGUCUUCGCAGACGCCGAUGGCGCGAGUCGGUUCAGCGACUUGGGCAGGCUAGUCGAGGGCUGCAGGAAAGUCGAAGACAAAGAGGGUCGAGGCGUUGCAAUUGGCAGCCGCUCUCACCUCGUAGGCAGCGAAGUUGUCGUCAAGCGUUCCAAACUCCGCAACUUCCUCAUGCACUCCUUCCAUAUCUUGCUUCGAAUCAUGACUCCGCCCGCCACGGCCCGCAUAAAAGAUACACAAUGUGGUUUCAAGCUUUUCUCGCGCCCCGCGCUUCCCUAUAUUGUGCCGUACAUGCACUCCGAAGGCUGGAUUUUCGACGUGGAGAUGCUGAUGCUGGCUGAGACUGCGGAUAUUGGCAUGGCGGAGGUUACAAUCGGAUGGAAGGAAGUCAUGGGGAGUAAGCUGAAUGUUGUUUGGGAUAGCAUUGGUAUGGCAUGGGGAUUGGCGUUGUUGCGCGUUUGUUGGACGUUGGGCAUUUACAAGAGGGACUAGAGAGAUGGCGGAUAGAAUAUGCACAUGCUCAUUAAGUUUGUGUAGACGUUGUUCAUGAAUGUGUCUUGCUCUGCAUACGUGGUCUUUAUCAAAUCCACUUCAC